AUGAAUCAUUCUCAAAAUUCUCAAACUUGUAAACCAGGUCGUCUUUCAUCAACGCUAACAAGCGCAACAACAACCAUCAAUAAUCCGGUCGGAAAGAAACAACGGCCAGCUAGUGCAUCAUGUAUCGGGAAGAGAGAUUCCUCGAAUUCAUCAGGCUUGAUAGGCCAUUCUCAUCAUGGCGCGACUCAAAAGGCUCGUCCUCAAAGUUCUCAUAGUAGAAGCAGGAAACUCACGCCCAUGAAAGAGGGACCAGUGACUUGUACCCAAUACGAGACUGGCAGUGAGGUAAGGGAAGAAAUUAAGGAAAAAUCAAGGCUCAAUAUUCGGAAUCAAAGACUCUCUGAAAGGUACUUUCUUACCUCGAUGCAAUUGUUGGGAAAGAUUAAUGGAGGAUCCGAGGUUCAUAAUAAGGAGAGAAGGUUGGCGUUGGAGCGUUUGAAAUUCAUGGAAGAUCUUCAUCUCAAAUCCAUUGAGAACAAUGAUCUUAAUCUCUGCAAAAGUGAAACAACAAAAUCAAAAUAUUCAAAGGUUCCAUCACGUGUGUUUCAGUCUCCAAGCAGGAUGGAACGAAAUAUUUCAAGGCGAGAACAACAAGACCAGCCGAAUGUUAAGGACAGUCCGAAUGAGGUAACUAAUGAGCCAAAGAAAAACCAUCCAUCAACAUUGAUCUCAUCAAAGAAAAACCAAAUGGAAACCUCGCUUGAAAAUACAGCCACUGUUUCAAAAAACGGAACACUCGACAGUGAUAAGAAUGAAUCAAAAAGAAGAGUUCUUCGUGGUAAAAGCAAUUCUCGAAUUGAAACUACAGUCAGUCGUGAAAAGGAAAAUUCAACAAUCAAAGAAGAGAACCCUUCCCAAAGCAAUUCUGAAAUUUCAGAUUUAGCAUCGUCAGUAGUCCCAUCACAUUCACCAAAAGAAGAAUUCAAAAAAGUAAUUCAUUACUCUAGUCAUAUUGGUACCACAAGGAUUGAAGGAAAACAUAAUAACCAGCUCAACGGUCCGUAUGACGUCAAGAUUCAUCCAACCCAAAAUUUAAUUAUCAUUUCAGAUUCGAAGAACUCUCGAAUUCAAUUUUUCGACCUGCAGUCACAUGAUUUUCAAUUCUGUAUCACAACUCCAGCUACUCCUCACUGUGUGGCAUUAGGAUUAUUUGACAAUUCUGUUGUGGUGUCAUGCCAAAAUGAUUGCAUUUACAAGUAUAGUUUGGAAACAAGAAAGCAAGUAUGGAGGGCAGGAGGUCAUGGCACUGCUCCUUCUCAAUUUCAUUUUCCUCUAGGUGUGGUCGUGGAUGAACACGACAGCAACAAGGUAUAUGUAUGUGACAGCCGAAACCAUAGAGUGCAAUGUUUAUCUUCAAACGGGCAAUACCUUACCGAAUUUUCAUUGUCGCCCACUUUUUCACCCUUCUCUGUUGAUAUUUCCAAAGAAGGACACCUGAUUGUGAUGGACAAUAGAAACUCCUGUUUGUAUGUUCUUCAAAAAGACGGAACUUUACUGAGAUCAAUCGAGCAUUCCUUCUUGCAACCCUUAUGUGUCUCUGUUGACCGUAAGAGUGGACGGGUGUUUGUAUGUGAUUCGAAUAACUUGAGAAUUGUUGUGCUAGAUUCUGAAUGCAUCCAAAUUAUUGAAACAAUCGGGUCAUAUAGUUCCUACAUGCUUCAUCCUGCAAAACCCUUAGGUAUAUCCGUGUAUGGCCAAAUUCUUGUUGUGGCUGAUUAUGAAAACCACCGAGUGUUACAGGCGUUCUUAGAAUAA